AUGGGUAAAGUAGUUUCAAAAAUCAUGAAAAAACUAUCUGCUGAUGGGCCAAAACGUAUACUUAUGCUUGGCUUGGACAAUGCAGGUAAAACAACAAUACUCUAUCGAAUGAAACGGGCAGAAGAUUUCAAUACUGUACCAACGAUAGGUUUUAAUGUGGAAACAAUAUCGCCAUGUCGUGGAGUAUCCUUGACAGUUUGGGAUGUGGGUGGUCAAGAUCAUUUACGUACAUUGUGGCAUCAUUAUUUUGAUAAUGUCGAUGGCCUUGUUUUUGUUAUUGAUUCAACUGAUCGUCAUCGUCUUUCGCUUUCGAAAGCCGAAUUAAAAGGAAUCUAUCAACAUGAAUCAAUGAAAAAUGUUCCACUUAUUAUUAUUGCUAAUAAACAAGAUAGUAAAGAAGCUCUAUCUGCUGAAGUUCUAGCGGAAAAGCUUGACUUAAUUCAUUGGCCUAAUGAAUCAUACUUUAUUAUACCAUGUUGUGCAUUAACAGGUGAUGGUUUAACGGGUGCAUUUAAAUGUCUAGCAAGAAUGAUAAGAAAACGAAAUAAAAACCAUCGAUUAGAGACAAUUUAA